AUGGCCAGCGCACCUCUUGAGAACGCCGAGGCGCCCCCGGCGACCCAGGAUGGCCAGCAGCCCGAGGGCGAGGAAGUCGUGCCGGCGCCCGAGGAGGCCAAGAUGCCGACGCGCAAGGACGUGUCGCUGAAGGACUUCCUGAACAAGAUGGAUGACUACGCGCCCAUCAUCCCCGACGCAGUCACCAACUUCUACCUGGCCAAGGCUGGUCUCCCCCCGCCGCCUCAGACCGACCCGCGCCUGGCGCGCCUGCUCGCCCUGACGACGCAGAAGUUCAUCGCCGACAUCGCUGCCGAUGCCUACCAGUACAGCCGCAUUCGGGCCUCCAACACCAGCGCCAACAACCCGAUGGGCAACCUGGGCGCGGCCGCUGGUCUCCCCGUGGCCGGGCAGUCGCAACCAAACGCCAAGGAUCAGGGCCGUGGUGGACCUCUGGGCGUCCAGCGUGCGGGAUACGGCGGUGGUGGACAGGGCGGCAGCCAGAACCGCACCGUGCUUACGAUGGAGGACCUAGGCAUGGCUGUGGGCGAGUACGGUGUCAACGUCAAGAGAAGCGAGUUCUACAGGUGA